AUGGGAGAUGGAGCACAUAUGCAUCAUGAAGCAUACAAAGGUAGGAUACUAGAUAAUGAAUUUAUCAAUGGAUUUGAUGGUUCACAUAUCGAACGUCCUCCAAAAUCAGUAUUGUUAGACAAUAUCUCAGAAUCGUCAUUACUUUUAGCUGCAGGUAAAUACGAUUAUUGCAAUUCAAGAGGAAUCGCUCCAGGAGCAAAAGUUGGCUCAUAUUAUUUUUUCGAUAACUCAGACCACACAGAAGAUUUGACAUAUUUAAUCUGUUACAGAUCUGACAAAUGGGAUAUCUCAAUCCUUACAUAUCAAAAUGCAGCAUGUUCUGGAAGAAAUUGUAAAUAUUUCCAGCCAACGGAGUUUCAUGUUAGCAUUGCUUCGAAAUGCCUUUACCAUUCAUCAAACCCAAAGAUUAUCGUUGUUCCUAUACCUACAGAAUCAGCUACUGACGUAAUUUUCGCUCCACCCGCUGGUUGGCCACUAAUUUUCACAAUUGCAGGUGUUACUAACCGCGGCAUGCCAUUAAACCAUGCUGCAGAGGGCACUGGCAUUUUCAUGGCUGCUCCUGUUGCCGGAAUUGCUCCAAUUUCAGGCGCAGACGCAAAGAACCCAACAGAAUGCAUCGAAAACUUCACAUCUCCUAAUGCAAGUGCAGCUAUAUUCGCUGGUGGUCUUGCAAUUCUCAAAGAAGCAAAUCCUAAUCUCAACCUUACAGAUUUAUUCUUUAUUACAGCUAUGACAGCAGACAAAGUCUGUCCAGAAUCACCUCUAUGGUCCAAGAACAGUUUUGGCCUCUGGUUCAAUCGAAAAGUCGGCUUUGGCAGAUUAAAUCUUAAUAAGUCAGUCGAACUUGCCAGAAACUGGACAUCAUUAGGUGGAUUCACCAAAAAGACAGGCAUGUUAUCCAAUAUUAACCAUAUUCUUGGCAACGAAACAGAAUCAUUCCGAAUUCCAAUCAACGCUUCCGAAAACGAUACCGUUCUAUUUGUAAAUCUCCAGAUUUCAGGUGUCAAACUUGCAUUCGGUUCCUUGGUACCACACCUCAUCUCUCCUAGUGGUACAAAGUGCGAAAUGAAGCUCUUAACAUAUGGAUCGAGAUAUUUGAACAUCACAAAUGUCACACUGCCAUCAUACAUGUUUCUUGGCGAAAAAUUGAAUGGAAACUGGACAGUUGAAUUCCGUAGUGUUGAUGAUUCACACAAAGGUGUUUUGUUACAUGUUGCAUUACAAAUAUAUUACACAAGUAACAGACCACAACAUUCUCCACGACAGAAAACAAAUGGUCCUAAUCCAUACCAACCAUUUAAUUCCUCAUCAUUUGUUUUCUCUGAGACAAAAUCAGUUAUGAAUGCUACACAUCCAUGGAAAACUACAUUCACAUCAACGAGAAACAUCAAUGAAUCAUCACAUAUCCUGUGUUAUUUACAAGGAACACAAAAUAUCUCACGAACUAAAGUCCAAUGUGAUUUUGUAGACAACAAAGAAAUCCAUCUUGAUUAUGUUCCAUCAGUCUACAGAACAGGACUUCCAAUGAAUUUUGUUGUUGAAUCUCUUGAUCCAGAUUUCCAUUUCUCAUCAUUUCUUCCUAUAGAAUAUAUCAAUGCAUUUGACGAUAAACCAGGAAUUAUCUCAUUCGAAGCGAAAGAAGAUGGAAAUUGCAAUUUCGAUAUUGAUAGUCCUCUUUCACUCAUUAUUGAUAACAAAACUAUUUCAGCCAAUCAUCGAUGUAUCCUUGUUAAAUACUCACUUGAUUUCAAUGAUACAAUUGAUGAUGGAUACUCCGCAUCAUUGACUGCUUCCAUUAUUAACUAUGACUCUCUUGUUGUUCUGAAUCGAACAUUUUCUCGAAAUGUCGGUUACUUCAAGUGGAGUUCUGUUGUUCCAGACAGCAAAAAGUUCAUUUUUCAGCUCUCAGCAUCGUCAGACAAUCGAAAUAUGAACUAUUUCAAAUCAAUCACAUUAGAUAUUUUUAUUGAACCUCAUGAAGGACGUUAUUCACCACCUCCUUCUAGUUUCCCAAUCUGGAACAUGCUUUUGAUUAUGACAAUGCUCUUGACUCUCACUGCUUUAGUUAUUAAAGGUCUUUACAUCAACUUGUAUCUCACUGAAUACGAAAACAUCCAACGAAACGAAAUCAGUAUCAUUUUUACUGAUACACGAAAACCAGAAAAAGAGAAAGAGAAAAAUAAAGAGAAAGAAAAAAGGAAAACAAAGAAAUUUAAGUUUAGCUGGCGAAAGAAAGAAGUUUCGAGUGAAUCAUCAAUGAAUAUCCCUCUAGUAAUAUAA